AGUGUUGGAUUGUUCUGUGUUGGAGUUACUGGAAGGAGGUAGUGGUGUUUAAAUACCAGCCUCUUGAGACAGUAGAUGAAGAAUUUGAUGAUGAUGUGCCCCUCUUACCCAAGCAAGAUGGUACACAAAAGAAAUCCAGAUCAAAGAAAAGGUAUUUUAAGAAAUGCAAGAAAAUCAAUAUAGAGCCAGGAAAUCAAAGUGUAAAAGAAAUGAAAUCAAGUGAGUUUAACACACAUGAACAUGAUCCUGUAGUCACUCAAAGAGAUUCCCCCAAACAACGUGACAAAGUGCAUAGUGAAGAAGUAGAUAGUAAUGAAUGGAUGAAGGUGAAAACAAAGAAGGCAAGGAUGUUGGAAAAGUUGCAAGAAAGAAUAUUGCAUUUAACAGCAAAAAGUGACGAUGAAACAGGUCAGGAAAAGAGAACCAUAAAUGGUGUUGUUCUAGAACCUGGUGUAACAUACAUUGGCAAAGCAAUGAAAUCUUUCUAUGAAAGACGGAAAAGUAGAAAAUCAAAAUGCAAAGUAGACAUCAAACUAAACAGAGGUGUAGAAUGUCAGAAAGUAAAGGAUAAUAGUGUUCAACUGUACACAGAAACAUUGCUAGAUGAAUAUGCAAAGUGUGUGCAAUCACCACAGUCGAUGUAUCAUGAAACGCACCUCUACAAACAAAACAGCAUGAAGGAGAAACAAUCUUGGGCUGAUGUAGUAGGCCAUGUACAAAAUGAAACAACACAGACAAAAUCUUUUGUUGGCAGUGUGACAUAUAGUCCUGUUUUUUUUAAACAAUCCAAGGGCAAAGAACAGAGCACAUUCCGAGUAUGUGGUGGUGCAAAACACUCACAAAAAACUGAAGAAGGAAACAAGAAAGUCAGUGUUCUAAAGGGCAACAAAACAUCUUGUGGAAAGUCAGUUGAUUCUGAAGUAUUGAACAUGGAAGUAUCGAACAAUAAAGGAAAAGGAUGUGACAAAAAGACUGAAAGCAUGGGUGAAGUAAAGGUAGAUAAAGGCAAUCGUACUACUGUAAUCGAGGAGAAAUUGUGUGGCAGUGAUAAAGACAGAGAAAUACAGUCCAAAGCAGCAGAAAAUGGUCAGGACAUUAAUACUUUUGAGGUUGGUAACCAAGUCACUUACAAAACAAGCAGUAAGCAUGAUGAUGAAUGUGCAAAUGAUCAAUCUGUCAAGUCACAGAAGUCUACUCCUAAGAAUUUUUUUGGAAUGGAACAUGAUAGUAAAUUCCAUAAACAGUCAGUCAACACCUCUAAUGUAAAUUUAGAAGAGAAGCAAAUCCCAAAUGAAAACAUAUCAAAUAUGGAACAAAAUACACUUGUGAAAUGUGUUGCCCUGGGCAAUUUUCAUCAAGGAAAUGCUAGAUUUGGAUUUUAUUCUGGAAAGCAAUGUGUUUCUAACAGUUUUGCUGCUAUUUUAUACAGUAAAAUUACAGAUGUUUCCCAAUGGCAAAAACAAGAUCUUGACAAGGUAUUGAAUUAUGGUAAUGAGUUGUAUAAAUUUAUUCAGCUUAGUUCUGCAAUAAAUGAUAAUUUCUUAUUGAUAUCUGAGUUACCUGAUCAAUUAGAAGCUUUUGAUGUCCAUUAUAAAAUGCAAUAUUCUCAGAGUGUUAUGGGUACAAUUUGUGGAGAUGAAUUUUUUUUGAUUAAUUUUAAUGCAGUAACAUUGAAAGAUGCUCUCCAUCAGGAAUUAGAUAGACACGAUGCAUGCUUUUGUACAUUUGGUGGCCAAACAUUUGCAAUCUUAUCCACACGAAAACAGUAUUUUAUUUUUGAUUCACAUUCUAGAGACAGGCAUGGACUUAUGACAGAUGAUGGGACCAGUGUCGUCUUAUGUACAUCAAACUGGAAAGUUGUUUAUCGCCCUCCGACAUACAGAAUAAAAGACUUCUGUGAGAGUUUGAAUAACUUAUUAGAAGAGCUACAUAAAGCUGCGUCGGGUGCAAGCAGUGCCACGGCCUCCUGGGACGUCCCUACAGCUAUGGAUGCCUCAGAACCCAUCACAGCAGUCAGUAACUACUCGCCUGUGGUCAUCGACAGAGAGAACCCCAUCCUGACCGGCUGUCCAACCGACAUCGUUGCCAAUACCAGCCCUGGUACUUCGACCAUGAUGGUUUCAUGGCUGGCUCCUGUGGCAUCAGACAACUCUGACUCCGCUACCCUGACGGUCAACUUACCACUAGGCAGUUCCUUCGUUAUUGGAUCUACUGAGGUCACUUACACAGCUACCAACCCCACUGGGAACUUUGUCACUUGCAGCUUCGACAUCAUUGUCUUGUCUACCGAUGCCCCAGUCUUGUCGAACUUCCCCCCGGACCAAACCGUGUUCACCUCUCAAAACGCCCAAGGCGCUGUGGCUACGUGGUCAGCACUGACUGCUACUGAUAACUCCGAUGACGUCAUGUCGAUCACAAGUGACUUCAGUUCCGAAACCCUGUUUCCGUUUGGCGUGACCACGGUGACCUUCACUGCUACAGACAGCUCUGGCAACAUUGACACUUUUGGUGCCAACCCAUGUUCCAGCAACCCAUGCGCUCCCAGUGAACAGUGCUUCUACAUCCCAGCCCAAUACCUGUGUAUCAAGAACGGCAGGAGACGAAGAGAAGCUGAGAUGCUCGACCUUAGCGACAUCUGCCCUUGCCAGAAUGGCGAUAUUUGUUUCCUAGACGAUGCCACAUCCUCGGCCACCUGUGAAUGCUGGUGUGCUUUGUGA